UAAAUAAAUAUGGUAAAUGUGAUUUGACAAGAUGAAAAUGUUGUACCAAAAAGUGGACAAAUAUCACAACCAAUUAAAAACAAAACAUGUGAAAAGAGCCCAGAUACCAUCUCUCUCUCAUUUAAUACGAACCUAACCCUAAGCUCCUGCUUGGCCCCCGUUGCUUGGAUUUAUAGUGGGGAAAUAAUUUUUUUUGAAAAAUUGAUAGUUGUAAAAGAAUGAAAAAAUUUCAAUUUGCGUGAAAUAUUAUUUUAUUGAAUAUUGUGUGAUUGAAAAUAGAAAAGAGAGAUAUUUAAAUUAAAUUGAUGAGUUCUAAUGGAAGCCAAAUGGGAGCUAAAUGCACUCCCCUCUUUCUUACUCGAACUUUGCGCCGUCCGCCAAUUGACGACAAAACAAUUUUCGAUGAAGCCCUUCAGUCAUCAUUGAAACUCGUCGUUCCAUUUUUCACUCCAGUUUGUGUUGGGUUCCUAUUAGUUUUGAUGAAUUCUUCCGAAGAUCCGUGUAUGAACUUUGCUUCGUCCAUAGGAAGGGCUGACCUGGAUAUGCCAUUGGUGACUGCCGUACCAAAUGUGGUUGAUGAUGCCGUUGCAACGAAGAAGCUCUCGACACGCGUUUGAGUGCCUACAGCUUUGACGAAGACUCCUUUCUCUAGAGGGUGUAGGGAAAGAGUCAAGGAAUAGUGAAGUUCUUGUAUUACAUACUUUCAAAUACAAUGACUUUUAUUUAUGUAUGAUGUGCUAGUGGGCAAAAUAAUUUUACAGGUUCUCUAAGUUAUGGUCUUUGGAGAUUUGAAUGGUUGAUGUGUAUGACCCGUAAAGAUUUUGGAUGUGAAUGGGCAUGGAGGCCAUUUUUGAAUGCUGAAAUGUUGUAAAUGGGUCAGAAUUUGGAGCUUAUAUGUUCAAUUUUUGUAGUUUGUUAACGGUGUAUCUAUGCUAAUAUUGGUACAUUGCUA